AUUUCUCUUUCUCUCGCCUUCCUUGUACACUUGGCCAAUGGCUCUCCGCAGCUGCAGUCUGCGUGGGCCGGGCCUGUAACCGAUACCCCCCAGACAUCUACCCGGGGCGACUGUCUCUGGAGUCCGGAGACACAGACAGAAGAGAGAAAGGGAGUCCUGACAGCAAGCAGAAGUGGAGGAAAAGAGGAAUCAAGUGUGAGUUUGCCUUGGCCACCCGGGAGACAAAUCUGGUGCGCGUCUGACUUGCCUCUUGCUCAUCUUCUCAGAUUUGGUUUCCUCUCUCAAAGACGCAGAUUCCCCUUUGCUCCUGGUUUCCUCUUUCAAAGAAGAAAAAAUCCCCCUUGGCUGCGAGGAGGGCAUCAUCUUUCGCACUCAGGUUUGCGGAAUCCACCUGGGCCAGGUUUGACUUGGGAGCCUCUUCGUCCUCGUCUCAGAACGGGUCACCGGCUUCCUUCGCUCUCAGCCAUGAAUUUUGGGUUCACCCAGGAGCAAGUGGCCUGCGUCUGCGAGGUCUUGCAGCAAGGGGGGAACAUCGAGCGCCUGGGCCGGUUCCUCUGGUCACUGCCGGCCUGCGACCGCCUCCACAAGAACGAGAGCGUCCUGAAGGCCAAAGCCGUGGUGGCCUUCCACUGGGGAAACUUCAGGGAGCUCUACAAGAUCCUGGAGAGCUACCAAUUCUCUCCGCACAACCACCCCAAGCUGCAGCAACUGUGGCUCAAGGCCCACUAUGUGGAAGCCGAGAAGCUGCGCGGAAGGCCGUUGGGGGCAGUGGGGAAAUAUCGGGUCCGCCGUAAGUUCCCUCUUCCGCGGACCAUCUGGGAUGGAGAGGAGACCAGUUAUUGCUUCAAGGAAAAGUCUCGGAGUGUGUUGCGGGAAUGGUACCUCCACAAUCCCUACCCAUCUCCUCGGGAGAAGAGGGAGCUGGCAGAAGCCACUGGGCUGACCACCACCCAGGUCAGCAACUGGUUCAAGAACCGACGCCAAAGAGACAGGGCAGCCGAGACCAAGGAAAGGGAAAGCAGCGAGGGAGGCUUUCUGAAGGAAGGACGGGGCCUGCCACGAGAGAGACACCUUCUGAUCUCCAGCUCCGAGGACGAGAGCUCUCCCAUCGACAGCCCAGCGGCACACGGAUCCAGCCCUGCUCUGCUCUAUCCCGGCUUGCCCCUCUCAGCUCCAAUGGGGCAAGCCAUUCAUCCUGGGGGCCAAAGACUGGAUUUCCUACAGCACCAGUCCCACCAGAACAGCCUCCUGGGGCCCCUCGCCUCCACUUUUGUCGACCUGGGAUCCUAAAAGCAGUUCAGCAUGGAAGCCACAACCCUUGCUCCCCUGCAUGCCUUGCCAAUAGAUUCCUCUUUUAUAAUCAUGCAUUUCCAUACUUUCCUCCAUCACAAAUGCAGUUAAAGAUUUGUAUUGCUGAAGGCCAGAAUAACUGGGUUGUUGGGAGGUUUCCGCGCUGUAUGGCCCUCUUCUAGCAGCGUUUUCUCCUGGCAUUUCCCUUGUAUCUGUGGCUGGCAUCUUCAGAGGAUCUGAUGGUAGCCAAGCAAAUGGACUGUGCAAGGUGGGAGGAAAGAACCUUUGUUUGUUAUAAAGGUGUAAAGGGUGCAAUUAGCAAGCUCAGAAGUAGCCUGGCCUUUGUGUUGUUGAAGGCUUUCAUGGCCGGAAUCACUGGGUUGCUGUGAGUUUUCCAGACUGUAUGGCCAUGUUCCAGUAGCAUUCUUUCCUGACGUUUCGCCCACAUCUAUGGCAGGUGUCCUCAGAGAUUGUGAGGUAUAUUGGAAACUAGAAAAGGGAGAUUUAUAUAUCUUCGUAAAGUCCAGGGUGGGAGAAAGAACUCUUGUCUGUUGGAGGCUUGUGUGAAUGUUGUAAUUUAUCGCCUUAAUUAGCAUUUAAUGGCCUUGCAGCUUCAAGGCCUAGCUGAUUUCUGCCUUUGUUGGCAGGUGCUAGCUGGCCCUGAUUAUUUCCUUUUGGGAGUUCCCGUUUUUUUAGUGUUAUUCUUUAUUUACUGUCCUGACUCUAGAGUUUUUAAAUACUGGUAGCCAGAUUUUGUUCGUUUUCAUGGUAUCCUUCCUUCUGUUGAAAUUGUCCACACGCUUGUGGAUUUCAACGGCUUCUCUGUGUAGUCUGACAUGGUGGUUGCUAGAGUGGUCCAGCAUUUCUGUGUUCUCAAAUAAUAUACCUGGCCUUUGUUCCCUUUGAAUUGUUUUAAUUGUUUGCUGCCUAGAGGCAUCCUUUCUCUGGGUAAGCCCUUGAUCGCUUGCUGUCUGGUGACUUCCUGUGUCUGGGUGGCAUAUCUUGAUCACUGUCUUGAUUUUAGUAUUUUUUAACACUGAUAGCCAAAUUUUGUUCAUUUUCGUGAAACCUCUAGGCAGCAAACGAUUCAAAGGGAACAAAGGCCAGGCUACUUCCAUGCAGAUGCCCUUCUCACAAGCUAAUGUGUGGAUCCCACAACACAAAUCUAGCUUUCGAAUUGCACCCUUUAUAUCUGUACAACAGACAAUGGUUCUUUCCUCCCACCCUGGACAUUCCAUAGGUAUAUACACUCCCCUUGCUUUACCACAAUCAGAUUCUAUAAAGAUGCCAGCCACAUAUGCAGGUGAAAUGUCAGGAAAAAAAUUGUUGGGUGAGUGGGCUUACUAACAAUAGACCCUCCCCAUAAAAGUAUAGCAGAGUAACUUAUUGGCAGCAGCGUGGCCCAGCACCAGUAGCCAAACGUGAUUUUAAAAAAACCAAAAAAAACACAGACCAAUGUUACAGUAGAGUCUCCCUUAUCCAACACCCGCUUAUCCAACAUUCUGGAUUAUCCAACACAUUUUUGUAGUCAAUGUUUUCAAUAUAUUAUGAUAUUUUGGUGCUAAAUU